ACUGGCAGUUGAGCGUGGAACGAACGACGUGGAGCGUGUCUAAAACAUUCGUGUCAGUGUCAGUUGCGUGACUAAACUUUCGAGUCCUAGAAGCUCUGAUGCAAAGUAGAAAAAGGAUGCGAUAACCAGACGUUCAGUUGUUCGGCCGGUGAUCCCGUGGAGGCCGCCAUGUUGAAUUCAACACUAAAGAAUUUUUCUUGAUACACCUGUAAUUUUUAAGACACUGAAUUCCUGAUUUAAAAUUUUGGAUUUUCCAUGAUGGGACAAACGCAGCAACAGAAAACAUUAUUCACUCUGGAUAAGUUGGAAGGCGCCCUUGGGGAAGAUGACAAAGAGAUUUGAGUUCAAUUGGCAAAUAGAGGUGCCAGAGCCUCUUCGCACUGGAUGUAUUUUCGAUCGAUGGACCGAAGAAAAGGAUAACACGGAAAUAGAAUUGAACUGUAUGUUCAAGGUCGAUGAAUACGGCUUUUUUAUAUACUGGCAGAGUGAAGGAAGAGAUGGAGACGUCAUCGAACUAUGUCAAGUGAGUGAUAUAAGAGCUGGCGGCGUACCCAAGGAUCCAAAAUUAUAUGACAAAUUUUGUGGAAAACAUGGAGAACAGUUGGAAGAAAAAAGUCUGACUAUUUGUUCUGGCGUUGACUACACCAACAUUAAUUAUCAACAUGUUGUCUGUCCCGAUGCUGCUACAGCAAAAACGUGGUUGGAUGGCAUACGAUCAAUUACGCAUAACGUGAAAGCCAACAAUGUCUGCCCACUGACGUGCCUAAAAAAACACUGGAUGAGACUCAGAAUGCUGCUUGACCCCAAUGGUAAAGUUCCCGUGAAAGUAGUAGCCAGAACUUUUGCUUCCGGGAAGACAGAGAAACUUGUCUAUCAGUGCCUUUCUGACUUGGGCCUACCUAGUGGGAAGAACGACGUAAUUGAACCAGACGACUUCACAUUCGACGCGUUUUACGCUCUUUACCACAAAAUCUGUCCGCGGAAUGACAUUGAAGAAUUAUUCCAAUCUAUUACGCAAGGAAAAGCCGACACCAUAAAUCUGGACCAGUUAAUCACUUUCUUGAAUGAAAAGCAGCGCGACCCGACCUUAAACGAGAUUCUUUAUCCAUUAUACGAUGAAAAAAGAGCACUGGAGAUCAUCAAAGAUUACGAACCGAACGAUUCUGCAAAAAGUCAAAAAACGAUGACGAAGGACGGCUUCAUUCGCUACCUGAUUUCCGACGAGAAUGCUCCAGUGUUUUUGGAUAGGCUUGAUGUCUACAUGGAUAUGGAUCAGCCCCUUGCACACUAUUAUAUAAAUUCCAGUCACAACACUUACCUCAGCGGCAGACAGUUUGGCGGCAAAAGCAGCGUCGAAAUGUACAGACAAGUUUUACUAGCUGGCUGCAGGUAA